CAUGGUAUCAGAGCCACCCUUAAUCCAACCCUAACCCUAAUCAUAAUCGUAACCCACGCCCCACAACCCAUCAUCACCACAUACUGUUACUGUUCACCGCGAACACUAUUCAUCGAGAACACUGUUCACGUGAGCACUGUUCAUCACUCAUGGCUAAUCAGAUCUGGUCUCUCCCAUAUGCGUAUGGUAUCGUGCUUUUGUUUCUAGUUUCUGUAACGGUCUUUCCGCUAUUUUUAAUUGAAUUUCUAUACCAUCUAAUUUGUUGAUCGCGGUUAUGGGUUUGCCAGAUCAUUAGUUAAUGUAUUAUUGCUAUUGAUACUGUUGGGUAUUAGCAUUACUUUGUUCGGCGCUCAGUUGAUUAGUUAUUAGUUGUUUUGGUUGGUGUUUCGUUGAUUGAGGCUUGGUAGUUCUUUAUUUUUUGGUUGUCUCUCCAUUGUUCGGUAAAAUGUCUAAGCAAAAGUCUGAUUCUGGUUCCGGCUACUGUUACGGGUAGUUCAUUCAGUUCUUCACGGUUUCGGGAAAAGCUUUCUAGUACCUUCGCCCCAUUGAAUGGUAAAAAAUUAUGCUAUUUAGGCUAAAGUAGUUGAAGUUUAUUAUUUGGGCUAGACACAGUAUCAUUAUUUGAUUGAUGAUCCCCCCGCAUAGACUGUUUCUACUUGUAAGGCAUGAGAAUCUGAGGAUGCCCGGAUUCGAUCUGAGUUGUGGAAUAGUAUGGAAGAACAUAUUGCUAGCACGCUUGUUUUCUUAGAAAGUGCCAAAAAGGUAUGGACACAGGCUCAGGAGAUGUAUUCUGGUGUUAAUAAUCUCCGUCGGACAUAUGAUCUUCAUCGGUCCUUCUUUUUUAUAUCCCAGGGUGAUUUUAUCUUUGGAGGCUUACUAUGCCAAAUUUCUUGGUAUUUGUGAGGAGCUCAAUAUUUGUGAGUCUAUUUCAUCUGACAUUCAGGUUAUGCGACGCCAGCGUGAGCGUAUGCAGGUUGCUCGAUUUAUAUCUGGUGCAUCAUCCACCUAUGAUCCUGUUAGUCCUCAGCUCUUGGGGUCUCGAGAUUUACCUUCUCUUAGUGAGUUUUGGCUCUUCCUUCAACCGCGGCCGUGGUCGUGGGUUUAGUGAUCGUGGUUGUGAUUCUGGAUUUGGUGGUUGUGGUUUUGGUCGUGGUGUUGAUGGUUGUGACUCUGGUUUUGGUGCUCAUGAAGGUCAUAGGUCAGGGGGAGGUGGCCGUGGUCACAGCCGUGAUUCCAAGUUGUAUAUUUAUUGUUGGGGCACCAAUCAUACUGUGGAGUAUUGUUAUCAUCUUCACGGGUUUCCUCAGGCUCAUCAGGUUAUGAUCUCUCUGGAUACUGGACAGCUUGCUCAUUCUUCUGCCAACAAUGUGGUGACCAUCUCUGCAAAGGAAUACCAGCGCCUUAUGUCAAUUCAGCCUCCAGCUAUUGAUUCUUCCGCCACUGCUAUGCUUGCUCAGACAGAAUCUCCAGAUGGGGAGGAAAAUUGGUGGCGGUGCUAAACCUGGUCGUUGUGGUUGGAAGUUGCAAUUGGUUUUGGUUGUGUUAAAGUUGUUCGUUGGUCAUUGAAGUCAUUUCGUUGGUUGUUGGUCGUUGAAUUUGUUCGUUGAUUCGUUGGUCGUUGAAUUCGUUUGUUGAUUCAUUGGUCGUUGAAAUCAUUUGUUGGUCGUUGCUGUUGACAGUCAUUGAAGUCGUUUCGUUCGUUGAAAUCAUUGAAGUUGUUUCGUUGGUUGUUAUUGGUCGUUGUUUUAGCAAGUUGGUUGUUUUAGUGAUUGCUGCUAGUAGUUGAGGUAAUUGUUUCGUUGGUUGCUAUGUAACGAGCUGGAGAGUCUCCAACUUGCGGGAGAGUGUUAGAAUAUAGUAUUAAUAGUAGUCCCACAUUGCUUAGUUUACUUAUUCAAUAUGUGAGUCAUC